AUGAAGUGGACAGUGGUGUGGUUGUGUUUCUUCAGUUUUUCUGUUGCAAUUCAAGCCAAACAUGUUCGCAACCAUGUCAACAACAUCUGCAGCACUUGGGGCACACAGCACUUCAAGACCUUUGAUGGCUAUGUGUACCAGUUUCCUGGCAUGUGUGAGUACAAUCUGGCCAAGGACUGCCAUGGUUCUGACCCCAAGUUCUCAGUGAACAUUAAAAGGGAGGAAAAUGAUGGAAAUAUCACAAUAAGUUACAUAAUAAUAACUAUCAAUGAAAAUGUAUUCAACCUAAACAAGACCCAUGUCACUGAAAACAGCAAGCUGGUCAGCCUUCCACAUUACAGUAGAGGCGUAAGACUUGACGAAAGAACAUUUUACAUCAGUUUUCAAGCUUCAAGAGUUGGCAUCAAUGUCAUGUGGAACCGUGAAGAUGCAGUCAUGGUGGAAGUUUCAGAGAACUACAGAAGCAAAACCUGUGGACUUUGUGGAAACUUCAAUGGUGAUCGAGACAAUGAUGACUUCAUUGUCGAUGGUUUUAAAAUCAGCCCCAUUGAGUUUGGAAAUAAACAUAAAAUUCAUCUACCAAAUGAUGACUGCAAAGACCCCCAUGAAAACGAAGAUGAAUCAUGGAAGUAUGGAAAAGUUUCAAGUUCUUGCAAGAAUUUUCAAACCAUCUGUGAAAAUGCAUUUCUCUCUGAGUCCUGGAGUUCAUGCAAAGAACAAAUUGACCCUAAAGAUUACAUUCAUGCAUGUGUCAUAGACAUGUGUGCCUGUAACAACGGCAGUAGUGACUUCUGUGUCUGCAGCACAAUGUCUGAGUUUUCUCGUCAGUGUUCGCACGCAGGAGGACAGCCACCCAACUGGAGGAGACCUGAUUUCUGUGGUAAACAGUGUCCCUACAACAUGAAGUUUGAAGAAAGUGCUUUUCCUUGCAUGGAUACUUGCACACAUGAGGAAACAAGAUUAAUAUGCGAGGACCAUAAAACAGAUGGCUGCUUUUGUCCUUCUGGAACGGUGUUUGAUGACAUUUCUGAGAGGGGCUGCGUCCCUCGGUCUGAGUGUCAGUGCAAGCAUGACAAAAUCUACAACUCUGGAGAGACUUACCGUCAAGAAAAUACAAACUGUACUUGUUCAGAAGGGAGAUGGAAAUGUGAGAGUUUUGAGACACCUGUUUCCACAUGUGCAGUUGAGGAAGGUUCACAUUUCACAACAUUUGAUGGUACACCCUAUACCUUUCAUGGAAACUGUCGCUAUACCCUGGCCCAGGUGGAAAGCAAGGAUGGAGCAAGUCCAAAUUUUACCAUCCGAGCUUUGCUGGAACCAUGUGCCCAAGAAAAGUAUGACACUUGUUUGAAGGAUUUAAAACUCCAUCUGCAUGAUGGCCAUGUCUUAAUGUUCACAUCUGAUGGCACAGUUCAGCAUGAUCAAAAAACCUUGACUUUGCCCUACUUCUCAGGGGAAAUUAGAAUAUUCCAUGCUUCUUCCAUUGACAUCUUGCUUUAUGCCACAUUUGGACUGCAAAUUCAGAUUCAGCAUUUACCUGUCAUGCAAGUCUACAUCAGUUUGGAAAAUAGCUACAAAGAUAAGACAAAAGGUUUAUGUGGAACCUUCAAUGAUAUCUCUAAUGACGACAUGAUGAUUCCACAGGGGGUCACCGAAGGAUCUUCAUUAACUUUCAGUAACUCUUGGAAGGCUAGCACACAAUGCUCAGAUACAAAGGAAAGACUCAAUGAUCCCUGUGAUCAGAGUUCAAAGACUGUGGAUUAUGCCAAACACUGGUGCGAAAUGCUUCAAAAUCCAAAUGGUACAUUUGCAAAGUGUCAUUCAGUAUUGGAUCCUAAACUAUACUAUCAGCGUUGCCUUUAUUCAACUUGUAACUGUGAAAAGAGUGAGGACUGCUUGUGUGCUGUCCUGACCUCUUAUGGUCGAGCUUGUGCAGCAAAGGGGAAGUUUGUGGCAGAUUUUGGAAAUGUUUGUGAGAAACACACAAAGAGCUGUCCAUCAACUCAGAUCUUCACUUACAACCACCGCAGAUGCCAGCUGACCUGUAGGUCACUGAGCUCAGAUCAGAAGAGCUGCACUUCAAAUUUCUUGCCUGUGGUUGGCUGUUUCUGCCCCGAUGGUCUCUACCUGAAUGAAAAAGACAUUUGUGUACCCAAAGAAGAAUGUUCCUGUUCCCAUAAAGAAGAUUACAUUGAAGCAGGAAAGUCUGUCGACAUCAAUUCUAAGCACUAUGUGUGCACAAAUGGAAGACUUGUUUGCCAUUCUUCAGAAAACAGCCCCCCAGGUGGAAAACUCGAAGAGAAAGAUUUGGGAAAUAACAGCGAAAUAUAUAGUAUACGAAAGCAAGGCUUAUAUUUUGUGGUGACGUCCGAGAUUGGUUUGACGGUGAUAUGGGAUCGCAAAACAUUUUUUCUGAUCCAACUGGACCCAAGAUUCAACGGUGAAGUGUGUGGCCUCUGCGGAAAUUUUGAUGAAAAUAGAAACAACGACUUCACUACUCAGAGUGGGAUGUUAGUGACCAGCCCAUUGGAAUUCGCAAACAGCUGGAAAGUGGAUAGCGCAGGCCCAGAUGUGGAGGAAAACAUUGACACAUGUAAAAAAGCACCCCAUCGAGAGGCUUGGGCGAAAUUGAAAUGCAGCAUUCUAAAAGAUGAAUUCAAAGCAUGUCAUAAUGAGGUAGAUCCCCAUCCAUUCUAUGACAACUGUGUGAAAGACACAUGUGCCUGUGAUUCUGGAGGAGACUGUGACUGUUUCUGCUCAGCUGUUGCAGCUUACGCCCAAGCUUGUAAUGAGGCUGAAGUAUAUGUUGCAUGGAGAACUCCAGACAUCUGUCCUAUAUUUUGUGAUUUCUACAACAAUCCAAAUGAAUGCAAGUGGCACUACUCCAGCUAUCCUCCAACGCACUACACGCCCUGUUUGAACGACAGCCAAACUGUGCUAAGACUCGAAGUGUAUAUAAACCCAUGUGAAAGAAGCACAAGUACAACCACUACAACAACCACAACCACAACGACUACACCCACAACCACAGAAUCAACAACUGAAACUACAACUGAAACACCAACUACAACCCCUACAACCACUACCACCACAACAACCACUACAACGACAACUACUACAACAACUACACCAACAACCACAGAAUCAACAACGACUGAAACAACUACUCCUACAACCACAGAAUCAACAACUGAAACUACGACUGAAACACCAACUACAACCCCUACAACCACAACUACCACAACUAGCACAAGUACAACCACUACAACAACCACAACGACUACACCCACAACCACAGAAUCAACAACUGAAACUACAACUGAAACACCAACUACAACCCCUACAACCACUACCACCACAACAACCACUACAACGACAACUACUACAACUACACCAACAACCACAGAAUCAACAACGACUGAAACAACUACUCCUACAACCACAGAAUCAACAACUGAAACUACAACUGAAACACCAACUACAACCCCUACAACCACUACCACCACAACUACCACAACAACCACUACAACGACAACUACUACAACAACUACACCAACAACCACAGAAUCAACAACGACUGAAACAACUACUCCUACAACCACAGAAUCAACAACUGAAACUACGACUGAAACACCAACUACAACCCCUACAACCACUACCACCACAACAACAACUACAACCACUACUACAACAACUACACCAACAACCACAGAAUCAACAACGACUGAAACACCAACUACAACCACAACAACUACCCCUACAACCACAGAAUCAACAACAACUGAAAUAACAACCACUCCUACAACCACAGAAUCAACAACUGAAACUACAACUGAAACACCAACUACAACCCCUACAACCACUACCACAACUACCACAACAACCACUACGACAACUACUACAACUACACCAACAACCACAGAAUCAACAACUGAAACUACAACUGAAUCUACUACUGAAACACCAACUACAACCCCUACAACCACUACAACCACAACUACCACAACUACACCAACAACCACAGAAUUAACAACAACUGAGUCUACAACUAAAUCAUUGUCUACUACAACCAUUCCAACAUCAACUGAAACACCAACUAUUACUACACCCAGCACAUGUGCAUGGUGGGGUGUGCAGCAAAAUGAGACAUUUUAUUUUUUCAACUGCACCAUGGCAAGAUGUAUUGAAGGCAAUAAAAUUGAAAUAGUGCCAUAUGAAUGUCCAACUAUAAAUCCCAUAACUUGUGCCAAUGGGAAAGACCCUGUUCUUGUAUAUGAUGAUUAUCAUUGCUGCCAACAUUAUGAAUGUGACUGUGAAUGUGAAGGCUGGGGAGAUCCUCAUUACGUUACUUUUGAUGGCAAAUACUACACUUACCAAGGAAACUGUACCUAUCAUUUGAUGAAAGAAAUUACACCAAUGCAUGGCUUAGAAAUUUUAAUUGAAAAUGUCCAUUGUGACCCUACUGAAGAUGUUUCCUGUCCCCGAGCUUUAACUGUAAAAUAUGGAUCACAAAGUAUCAAACUGAUCAACUUUAAUCUUGGUGCACGACCUGAUUUGAAGGCAUUUAAAAAUGAAGAUGUGGAAAAUCUAAGGCUCCCUUAUUGGAAAGAUGGUGUUAAAGUGAUGGGCACUGGUGUUAGCUUGGUGUUAGAGAUCCUUCGUCUAAAAGUGGCUGUUAAAUUUGGAAGAACUGCCUUCAGUAUCAACCUUCCAUAUAAGUACUUUGGAGGAAACACACAGGGUCAUUGUGGAACUUGCUCCAACAAUCGAGAUGAUGACUGCAGAUUGUCUGACGGUACAGUAGCAGAAAAUUGCGGUGUGAUGGCCGACGACUGGCUUGUGGAGAAAGAUAAGGGAAAAACUGGCUGCAUACCGAAACGUACUCCACAGAAAAAAUGCGAAUCAAAUCCAAAUUCUGUUUGUGAAUUGCUUAAGGACCCAGCAGGUGCCUUUGCUGAAUGCCAUUCCCGGAUCUCUCCAGAAAAUUUCUACAGAGGAUGUAUUUUUGAUAGCUGCUAUGUUCACAACCGAUCAGUGGAGUGCACAAGUUUGGAGACUUAUGCUGCUGCCUGCGCUGAGAUUGGAAUUUGUAUUGACUGGAGGAAGUUCACUAAUAUAUGUGCCAGCAACUGUCCAUCAGGCAAGAUUUAUAGAUCUUGUGGACCUGCAGAUCAACCAAGCUGUGAGGACAAUCCUAACGAUCCUGUCAUGAACUAUACUACUGAGGGCUGCUUUUGUCCUGAAGGAAUGAAACUGUUCCGCAAAGAAUCAAAUAUAUGUGUUAAAAGUUGUGGCUGUCUUGAUCCCAAUGGGCAGGCCCGUGAGUUCAACGAGACAUUUGAAUACAAAUGUCAGACCUGUGUGUGUGACGAGUCCACCAAAACUGUGAUCUGCAAGCCUAAGACGUGCCCACCCACUGCUUUACCAAGAUGCAUGGGUCCAGGAUAUGUUAUUGUCAAUCAAACUGAUCCAUCAAAUCCCUGCUGCAAUGUCCAUGUUUGCCAAUGUCAGAGCCAUGCUUGUCCGGAAAUAAACAUGAACUGCAAUGUUGGCUUUAUGCCAAACAUCAGUAUCCCAGAGGGAAAAUGCUGUCCAGAACGUAGAUGUGAACCCAAAAGAGUCUGUGUGCAAAAUUAUAUUGAAUAUUGGCCUGGUUCUUCUGUGCCUGGUCCAAAAUGUGAGAACUGCUUCUGUUCCUCAAAUUCUUCAUCUGGUGGUCUGAUGGAAAUAAAAUGCGAGAAGCAGCAGUGUGAAGACACAUGCAGAAAGGGAUUUGAAUAUAAAAAAUACAACGCAGAUGAUUGCUGUGGGAGGUGUGUGCAGACCCAGUGUGUGUUCAUUGUUAAUGGCAAUGAGACACUCUUAAAGGAAGGAGAAACCUGGUCACCACCUGAAAAUAAAUGUGAAAGUAAGACUUGUGUCAAGAAUGGUGAGAUUUUUACAGUCUCCAACAAACAGAUCAUUUGCCCACCAUUCCAAGAGAGCAACUGCAAGAAUGACACAAUUCAGACUGCAGCAAACGGCUGCUGCAAAAUCUGUGUAGAGAAAGAGAAGGCCUGCAGACUGGUUAACCAGACAACUCCUAUCAACCACAAUGGCUGUCAGUCUAAGUUGAAUAUGCCGUCAUGUGAGGGAUCAUGCGACACUUUCACCAAGUACUCUGAAGCAGCAGGUGCUAUGGAGCAUUCCUGCUCCUGUUGUAAGGAGAGACGUGCCAGCAACCGCACCGUCACCCUGGCGUGUGAAAAUAGUGCUGCGCACGUCCAGUUCACUUAUGUGCAUGUGGAGGAGUGCGGCUGUGGUCACACAGAGUGCACCACACCUGCUGCACUGCAUGUUCGCAGAAAGCGACGCUUCACACUGCAGUGACAGAAUGCUCUGUCCUCACAUGUGGGAUACAGAUGUAUCUCCAAGAAUCAUUUAAUUAAUCAUUGAAUCUCUAUAAGGUAUAGCAUACUUUGUAGAGUUCAUUUAUCAGUUGAUUGAAUAAAA